AUGGCGCAAGCGGUACCAAAGUCAAAUCACAAGCCAAAAGAACACAAAAAAACAUCGAGUAUUUCUCCCGCAAAGGUGACUAAAUCAGCUACGGUAGGAAAGUCAAGCAAACUGGUCCACGCAAAAGCCGACAGUGUCACUGUGACUGCAGAUGAUUGCGACGAUGAAGUGACAACGACCAGUGAUUGUGACGGAGAAGAAACAACGACAAGUGACUGUGAAGAUAGCACGACCACAUCUCCAAGUGAUUGUGAUGAUGAACCUUCGUUUCCUAGUCCAACCCCUACCGAUGAUUGUGAUGAUGUGACUUCAACAUCUACCGAUGAUUGCGAAGAGGAAACUUCCAUUAGCGACGAUUGUGAAACGUCUGCUCCCACAAGCACUCCCGACUGUGAUGACAAUUUCACGGAUAUCGAUGACGACUGUGACGACGAUCUUCCAAUCAUCACAGUGACCGAGACAAUUUACAAGAAGCUUCUGAAAAUCACCACUACAAAGACUCACUCAACCACUUUGCCUUUCAAGAUCUGGGCUGGCACCAAGACGGUAACCUCAACAAAAACGGUUACUGAGACUGCUACCAUCACCGAAACCAGAUUUAAUGCAACUACAACAAUAACCAGGAUGACUGCUCAAAGUAGUGCAUUACAAGGGCUAUUCCAGAGAUUGGGACUUGCAGUGCUCACUCUGCCCAGACCAACUAUCACCAGUCCAUCUGCAUUGCGUGCGGCUCAUUAUGGAGAUGAUAUGCAUGACCUGCAUAAACGAGAUGAAAUGAACGCAACAACUGAAUUGGUGAGCUCACAGGUCUCAGAAGCUAUGAAUAGCUCCGCACUGACCACUGCGUCAGAUAACGGUGCGUUAAAAUACAGUCCCAUUUGUGUAUUUUCGAUUGGGCUUGCGGGUUUGAUGGUUUUGGCGAUUUGA